GGUUAUAGUAAAAGUGGUGUGCAACCGAUCAAUGUGAGUCAAAGUGAUUUCAGUGCUUCGAGGCGAACCGUUAGACUGUAAUUUCUGGCUUGUGGAGAAAGCCCGCGUUCAGUUUUACCCAUUUGAAUCGAUUCCACGCACUUCUUGCACUUUCAGUUAUCGUAUAUAAGAGUCUCUGAGAUGCGUCUGUCCAGAUCUUUAUCAAUAACAUCACUAACUGGACUUCCACUUUGGGAGGAAGAGAGUCUACCUGUGGAAGAUCUCUUACUCUUUGAGAUUUCAUGGGAAGUAACUAAUAAGGUUGGUGGCAUAUACACUGUUAUCCAAACUAAAGCUAAGAUUACGGUGGACGAAUGGGGCGAGAACUACUUCAUGAUGGGUCCCUACUACGAACACAACUUCAAGACACAGGUGGAGCCAUGUGAACCUCCAAACCAAGCCAUUAAGGCGGCCAUGGACUCUUUGAUAAACAAUGGCUGCCAGGUGCACUUUGGCCGUUGGUUAAUUGAAGGUAGUCCAUAUGUUAUCCUGUUUGAUAUCGCGGCAGCUGCCUGGAACCUGGACCGGUGGAAGGGAGAUCUGUGGGACGCAUCUAAAAUCGGGCUCCCAUAUCAUGACCGAGAGGCCAAUGACUCCCUCAUCUUUGGUUCUCUUGUUGCCUGGUUCUUCAAGGAGUUAACAGACCAACUUCAGGACAAGCCCAACGUAAUCGCUCAUUUCCACGAGUGGCAAGCCGGGACAGGACUUGUACUGAGCCGCGCUCGCAAAAUACCCUUAGCGACUAUUUUUACAACACAUGCCACCCUGCUGGGGCGCUACUUGUGCGCUGGUAAUGCAGACUUCUACAAUAACCUGGAAAAGUUCAACAUAGACCAAGAGGCAGGAGAGAGACAGAUCUACCAUCGCUACUGUUUGGAGAGAGCGGCGGUACACUGUUCACAUGUCUUUACCACUGUGUCCCAGAUCACAGCCGUGGAAGCAAAUCAUAUGCUACACCGACAACCAGAUGUCGUCACCCCGAACGGUCUGAACGUAAAAAAAUUCUCAGCCAUGCAUGAGUUUCAAAACCUGCACUCCACAAACAAAGCCAAGAUCCAGGAGUUUGUAAGAGGCCACUUCUAUGGCCAUUUGGACUUUAAUCUGGAGAAGACCCUCUUCUUCUUCAUUGCAGGGCGAUAUGAGUUUACUAAUAAGGGAGCGGACCUGUUUCUUGAAUCUUUGUCCAGAUUAAACUAUUUGCUAAGGGUUCAUAAGAAUGAUGUCACAGUGGUUGUGUUUUUCAUCAUGCCUGCCAAGACCAACAACUUCAACGUGGAGUCUUUAAAGGGACAGGCUGUACGCAAACAGCUGUGGGACACAGCCCAUUCUGUAAAGGAGAAGUUUGGCAAAAGGCUUUACGAGAGCUUGUUAAGGGGUGAGAUUCCAGACAUGAACAAAAUUCUGGACAGAGACGACUUCACAAUUAUGAAGAGGGCUAUUUAUGCAACACAGAGACACUCUCUUCCACCGGUAACAACGCACAACAUCGUGGACGACUCAACGGACCCGAUCCUGAGUAACAUCCGACGAAUCGGCCUCUUCAACGCACGCAAUGACAGAGUGAAGAUUGUUUUCCAUCCAGAGUUUCUGUCCUCCACCAGUCCCUUGCUGCCAAUGGACUAUGAGGAGUUUGUGCGUGGUUGCCAUCUUGGAGUUUUUCCUUCCUAUUAUGAACCAUGGGGCUAUACACCAGGUGAAUGUACUGUUAUGGGAAUUCCCAGCGUCACAACCAAUCUGUCUGGAUUUGGAUGUUUCAUGGAAGAACACGUCUCUGAGCCAGCUGAAUACGGGAUCUACAUCGUGGAUCGGCGGUUUCGGUCUGCGGACGAGUCGUGUAACCAGCUGACUCAGUUCAUGUUUUCCUUUUGCCAGCAGUCACGACGACAGAGGAUAAUCCAGCGCAACCGCACAGAGAGACUUUCUGACUUGUUAGACUGGCGAUAUCUUGGACGAUUUUAUAUGCACGCCAGGCAUCUCGCCCUCAGCAGAUCCUUCCCUGCUAAAUUUAAAAUGGACCAAGUCAGCCUCCCUCCGACACAAGGUUUCCGCUACCGUCGACCCUCCUCAGUACCACCUUCCCCAUCGGCCUCACUUCACUCCACCCCUCACCACAGCGACGAGGAAGAUGAUGAGCCAUAUGAUGAAGAUGAAGAGGCAGAGAAAGACAGACAGAACAUCAAAGCACCUUUCACACUGGGUGAGGUGCCGGAGGGUAAGAAGAAACAACCGGGGCAAAAUGGGAAUUAAGAUCUACACCUUUCUGCUCAACUCAUCUCCACAGUUCAACAGAUGUAUAACGCUACUUGUUAUUCUAGGACUUAAGUUACUUUAGAGCUUAAACUGAUGAUACAGUAUCAUGAAAAAAAUUAUGUUACAUAUACAGUUAAAGACCACAUUAAAGAUUUGGGAGCCCAUUUUUAAGCGUAGAAUCUUAGGAUUUUAAAAAGUUGAUGGAUGAAUACUGGGUCACUUAGUAAAUGCAAGCAUAUUUAUUUUGUCAUAAUAUAAUUUGUAAUGAGAAUCACUGUGUAAAUUAGCAAAACAGGACUUUUUCCAUUAAUGGUAGACCUAUCUCAUAUAUUGGUUUAUAAACAUAAUUUUCCAUAAUGAGUUCAAUAGUUUAGUAACAACGCAGAAAGUUCAAACAAACCCUGUUUAGUAAGUGUCACACUUGAGUAGUUUUCAGUGCAAAUUGUUUAUUUAGCUGAGAAAAUGUUGGCACAUUCUCAAAGUGUAUUUUACAUGGCAUUAAUUCAAAUGGUGAUUCAACAUGAGAAAUGAAAAUGAGCAAAACUGUCUGUACAAUUAUAUAUUACAGAUUUCAAUCAUCAUGAAUAGUUUAUUUUCCAGGAUGACAUGUCUAGAAAAAUAAAUAGAAAUGGAAAACA